GCUCAGACUCUUCGACUGUCAGCGGUGAACCUCCCCCCUGCAGACUUCCCGGGAGCAGGCUAGCAGCCGUAAUGCAGCGGGCUUUAUUCACACGGGGCGCGUUGCUCACUCAGCAGGCUGCGGUGGCUCGCGACUGUCCGCUGGCAGCCAGGAGCGCGCCACUGCUGCAGCGUCUGGAGCGCUCCAUGUCCUCCGUCACCAUCCCGCCACCAGCAUGUAUACUCCGACCUCUAGAAGUGCCUUAUCGUUAUCUCUUUGGACCGGGACCCUCAAAUGUACCUCCGCGUGUCUUGGCUUCCGGAUCUAGGCCAAUAAUCGGUCACCUGCAUCCAGAAAUGUAUGAGAUCAUGAACGACAUCAAAAAGGGAAUCCAUUACGCCUUUCAAACAGAAAACAACAUGACGAUAGCCAUGAGCGGUUCCGGACACGCAGCCAUGGAGUGCGCUGUGUUCAACACAGUGGAGCCCGGAGAGAGCGUCCUCAUCGCCAUCAACGGGAUCUGGGGAGAGCGUGUGGCUGAAAUCGCAGAAAGGAUGGGUGCCAAUGUACACAAACUGGUAAAAGCACCAGGGGGGCAUUUCACCAAUACAGAAAUCGAACAGGCAAUACGAAAACACAAGCCGGUCUUGUUUUUCCUGGCACAUGGAGAGUCCUCUGCUGGUCUCUGUCAGCCAGUAGAUGGCAUCGGAGACAUCUGCAGAAAACACAACUGCCUCUUCCUGGUGGACACAGUUGCCUCUCUUGGCGCAGCACCAAUUUUUAUGGACAACCAAAACAUUGACAUCCUGUACACCGGUUCUCAGAAGGCCCUGAAUGCACCUCCAGGAACAGCCCCCAUCUCUUUUAACGACAGAGCAUGCCACAAGAUGUUUAACAGGAAAACAAAACCCGUGUCAUACCUAUUUGACAUGACACAUUUGUCCAACUACUGGGGUUGUGAUGGUAAAGCAGUCAGGGCAUAUCACCACACCGGUCCUGUUUCUGGAUUCUUUGCACUGAGAGAAAGUCUGGCCAUUCUUGCUGAGAAGGGUCUGGAAGAGUCCUGGAGGAAACACAAAGAGGUGGCAGCCUAUUUAUACAGAGGACUUGAAGAUUUGGGCCUCGAGCUCUUUAUCCCAGAUAAGGAUUUGAGGCUCCCCUCCGUCACCACCAUCAGCAUCCCUGAAGGCUACGACUGGAGGGAGAUGCUGGUCUACAUCAUGAAACACCACCAGAUGGAGAUGACGGGAGGACUGGGCCCAUCCAUCGGCAUGGUGAUGAGGAUCGGACUGAUGGGAUACAACUGUGAGAAGACCAAUGCUGAUAAGGCUUUGCAUGCUCUGGCUGACGCGCUCAAAAAUUGCAAAAAGAGCAAAGCUUAACAAGCUUACAUCUCCAGAUGACUGACUCAGUCAUUAAAAACUAAAUAUUUACAUUUUCCACAUGCAAAUCACUGGGAACUGUACAAACAAUCCAGGAAUUAUUUUAGGGCUUUAACUGCUGCAAUAAAUGAUGCAUUCUGAAUGUUGUCAUGCAAUGAAUGUCAAUAAAGUUUGCUUUAUUUUGUGAAA